UUCUCCGCCGCCCCCACUAUUUCGGACAUUGGCGGCACAAUCUGCCUGCCAUGUUUGCAUUGGGUUUCAUAUAGGUGCCCUAUCACCUGUCGCCAGUGCACACACCAUCAAGAAAGUCGUUCCAACUCUAUAAAUAUACCUCUUCCCAAAGACGGGGUGAGUUUAUAGGGAAGAGGAGAGAAGAGAAUGCAUAGAUGGAGGGGUUGUUCAAUUGCGAAUCUCAAUCUGAAUCUGGGUCUCAAUUUGUUAAGGGUUCCAGCUGUGAAGAUCUGGAGCUGGUCAAGCGCCUAGGCCAGGGCCACAUGAGCACGGUUUUCUUGGCUGUCCAUCGUGGCACCAAUAAAGCUUUUGCGGUCAAAGUGAUGAACAAGGAACUUCUUCAACAGAGAAAAGCCUACAAAUUGGCAGCUACUGAGAAGGAGAUUCUGUCUUGUUUGGAUCAUCCAUUUCUGCCGUCUCUGCUUACUCACUUUGAGUCGGACACUCAUACAUUUCUGGCCAUGGAGUAUUGUUCUGGUGGAGAUAUUAACGUGUUGAGGCAUAGGCAACCCAGUAAAACCUUUUCAGAGUCUACCAUAAGGUUUUACGCGGCAGAGGUGGUUGUAGCGUUGGAGUAUUUGCACGAGAAAGGAAUAUUAUACCGAGAUCUGAAGCCGGAGAACAUAUUGGUUCAAGACAGCGGGCACAUAAUGCUCACUGAUUUUGAUCAGUCCCUGCGUCUCAUAUCUGAUCAUGGCGAAUAUAGUGAAUGGAAGUCUCGUUCGUUUGUGGGUACAGAAGAGUACAUCGCACCGGAGGUCCUGUGGGGAAAAUUCCACUCCUACCCUGUCGACUGGUGGUCUUUCGGCGUCUUUCUGUACGAAAUGAGUCACGGGAGGACGCCUUUUAGGGGGUUUAGUCGAAAGGACACCUUUGUCAAUAUUUUGAGCAAGGACCCCUUUUUCUCAUCGUCAUCUCCUCUCGACGAUCUCAUUCAGAAGCUCCUUGCGAAAGAGCCGACAGAGAGGUUAAGCAGAAAGCAAAUAAAAAGCCACCCGUUCUUUCGGGGCAUGAGAUGGGAGCAACUGCAGUUUGUUUCGAGGCCUCCUUUUGUGCCACCGUUCUCCCCUGAACCUGCACUCAGUUUUCACAGAGAGAAUGAAGAAGAAGAAGAAGAAGAAGAAGAAGCAGACAUGGACAUUAAAUCCGAUGGCUACAGCUCUGUGGAAUGUGAGAUUAAAGAAGACAACACGAGCAAAUUUAUAUUUGGGGAGUUUUGAGACGGUAUGCUGUCCUCACUCCAGCUGAUGGUAUCGCACUGUCCACAAUAUAAGACGUUUGUUGCCCAUGCCGAUGGGAGCCUGAAUUUGACGGUGCAUCCUGCCUGUCAAAUAGAUCUCGUGCCGGUGAAAUACAAAGGAAUACUUUAUGUCCAAAAUAUGUACAUAUUUAGAGAUGCUUAGAUACUCAAUAGUAUUAUA